GCCUCGUUGCUCGAGAGGUUGGAAGUGCGGCCGCUGGAUUGCUUUGUCCCCACUUUGGCUCUUACAAUGUCUACCAGUGCCUUGCGAAAGCGCUCGCGCGAAGCGGACGAGAGUAAUGAUGACGAACCCCAACCGAGCAAAAAGAGAGAAUCCAUGGAAGAUGAACAGGAUUUGCUUCAUGCUGUGGCAGGCUUAGAAGAAACCGUUCAGCUUGGCCUUGACAUGGUCUCGAGCCUUCAUACGAUAGCCGCCAACUCCCAGAAAAACAGCUCACAAAGCUCGAAGCUUGUAAACCACUUAGAGCUCCUUCAAAGUCGGUUUUCGUUCCUCGCAAAGACCUGUGGCGAGAUCAAGCCCGACUGUCACGAGUUCCCCACCGACAUUCUAACGGCCUUUGAACUCGAUUUCCCGGAACCACCUCCAGCCCUAAUUGAGAUAUUUUCAGAGCGUACAAAUCAGCUAGACUCGGUUAUAACACUGUCUAAAGCGUUUAUUGAGCGGCAAAUGUGUCCACCAUCAGCCAACAGCUAUGCCCAAUCCAUGACCUGGCCCGCUUGGCAGAAACGGUCAACUGCUAUUCUCAACCUACGCCCAAGUCAAAACCAAGGCCUCCCCAUCUCCAUCCUUCAUAAUAUCUUUUCUGGAUUUCGUGCUUUCAUGGCAGAUCCACCUCCCAAGACAGACAACCUCCCUGCGGCAUAUCAGACUGCUUACAACAUCUGCUUGAGGAUGGCUGAUUCGUUUUCCGACGCAGAAGCCCGCCGAAACGAUUUCCAGAACCAUUUGAUGCAAUUUUUCGGUCGCUAUAUGCACUUCGAAAACGAUUUCGCCAUCGACCCAAACCUCAGUGGAUGGAAUCCCUCCAUCGGUGAUUCGGCCAUUUACUGGGGAUCUUCCCUCGUCGGGCCAGUUCUCAUACUCGCAGGUGGUUUCUAUGAUGGACGUUCCACAGUGGUGGAACCACUUACAUCCCCCUAUUUGAUGCUACCGGAUCAUAACCGCGAGAGGCCGGAUAAACUCGCACAUCUCCUAUUGGCAAUGGAACAAGCUCUAGAAAGCUUGAAAAGGUUAUGGAACGAAACCCAACAUAUGUAUAUGCCUCCAGCUACGCCUAGAAUCUAUCCACAAUUUACGGACUUGAACGGCAGACUCUUCCACCUAAAGUUCACCAAAAGAGUGCCUGGAAGCCAUCCCGACGCCAAUCUUCUCUUCCUCGCAACCAUGGCACCUUCCUCGUCUAUCCAACCCGAAAAAAAGGUUUUUGUCAAAAUCCUCGCUGGUGAUCGAUAUGGUACCAUUGCGCAACAAAAGAUGGCUGAUGCUGGUUAUGCGCCUAUGCUCUAUGGCGUAGCCAAAGUCAAAGGCGCACCUACCGCCUACAUUAUGGAGUACCUCUCCCCGGAACAAGGAUGGAGAAAUGUCCACGAGUAUGUCGCGAAGAGUAGGGGUGGGUUGAGUUUGAGCGACUUUGACGAUCUGCACAAGGCCAUGACAGAGGCGAAUGUCGUGCAUGGCGACCUUCGACCGAACAAUAUCAUGGUUAGGGAAACGGAUAAUGAUGGAUUCGAAUUCAAGAUGAUUGAUUUUGAUUCGAGUGGGUUGAGUGGCGAGGUGGAGUAUCCCCUGCUACGAAAUCGGAACAUUCCAUGGCCCGACGAGGCAGGGAAACCAAUUUUACUGGGCCAUGAUCGCACAAUGCUCAGGAGGUCCUUUGACGAACUCUUGUCGAGGCUUCAAUAG